AUGGGAUUAAAUAAUGGUUUCAACGUUUUUGGUGAUGAUGACUCGGAUGAGGAUACAAAUGACAAUGCUCCAUUGUCAAAACCCUCGAAACUUUCGAAAUCCUCGACCUCGAAACCCUUGAAAUCUUCAAAAAAGCCGCCUAUAAGUAUGUUUGGCGACCUCUCGAGUUCGCUCACAUCCAAGAAACAUGCCGAGACUGCAGAGGAACUUGAUGCGAAUAUAUACGAUUACGAUGCAGUUUACGACUCCUUAAAGCCAAAGAAGAAGGUAGUCAAUGAGGAGGAAGAACGGAAGCCGAAGUAUAUGAGCAAUCUUAUUGCAGCAGCUGCAGUACGAAAGCGCGAUUCUACGAUUGCCGAGGAGAAAAAACUUGCAAGAGAAAGAGAAGCUGAAGGAGAUGAAUUUGCAGAUAAGGAGAAAUUUGUCACAUCAGCAUAUAAGAAACAACAAGAAGAGAAUCGCCGCAUAGAAGAAGAAGAACGGUUGAGAGAGGAGGAAGAGCAAAGAAAGAAUAAAGGCACGGGAAUGACCAGUUUCUACAAAAACAUGCUUGAGAAGGGGGAACAGAAACAUGCUGAAAUAGUAAAGGCUGCCGAGGAAAGGAUCAAACAAGGCCCACAAGAAGAUGUGACGGAGGAUGAAAAAACGAAGACUGAUGCAGAUAUAGCACGGGAAAUCAACGAGAAAAAGGGAGGCAAUAUUGCAAUCAAUGACGAAGGUCAAGUUGUUGACAAGAGAGAAUUACUCAAGGGUGGAUUGAACAUAAUACCUAAAGCGAAACCAGCACCUAAUCCAAAUUCAUCGAGAAGUGGAAGCUCAAUGCCCGAUCACAAGAAAGGCAAUACAUUUGUAGGAAGUGGAGGUGGAAAACAAGCUAUGCGCGAACGACAAUCACGAAUGAUGGAAGCACAAUUAGAACAGGCUACCAAAAGAGCCUUGGAGGAAGAGGAAGAAGAGAAGCAGAAAGUAGAGAGAGCUUCCAAGAGUCGAAAGACCGAAGGCGAUAUUAUGAGUGCCAAGGAAAGAUAUCUUGCAAGAAAGAGGGAGGCGGAAGAAGCAAAGAAGAAAGCAUCUCAAUAG